AUGGGAAAUUUGGUGGAUAGCACAGUAUUAAACAAUAUAUCAAACCACCUCAACAGGUACAAGCUAGACUACAAUUACCAACAAGCAAUGUACCAUCCCAGGAUCACACUUGAUGAGUACUUCUCCAUGGAAGGCCCCAUGGCCCCAACGAACUUCAGUAUUUACACCGACGGAUCAAGAUCCGUAAAUGGUGUAGGCUGCGCUUUCGUCGUCAUGAACAAGAACAAGAACAUCUACCAGGCCAGCCACAAGCUGGCUAAUCACUGCACGGCCAACCAGGCAGAGUCCCUGGCAAUAUACAGGGCCCUCCAGUGGAUUCACAAAAACAAUGCCAGCUAUAAGUUCAGUAACAUAACUAUCUACAGUGACAGCUGUGUGGCUUUGCUACAACUGAAGAACCUCAAUAUCAAGCACAACCUUGUUCAUAAAAGCGUCAGUCUCCUUCUCACCCUAAAAGAAAACAUCACAAUAAACUUUUCCUGGGUCCGUGGCCACUCCGGGGUCUCUGGGAACGAGAGAGCCGACCUGCUGGCCCGCACCGCUCACACCCGUUGCCACAACUAUUCCUACGACCUAACACCGCCCAUCUGGAUGAAAAAUGUCAUCAGGGACCACACAUGGAAAAUCUGGCAAAAUAGUUGGAAAUUUGAAAAAAUACAAAAAUUGAGGUCAGAAGAUCUGCUUCUAGAAACAGCCUCACCUCAACAGUCUGCAAAACUUUUGGCAAUUAAGACACUCGGAGAUAUAAAAGCAACUAUCACCCCACAUGGAAGUCUAAACUUAUCACGUGGUGUAAUAUCAGAGAUUGAUCUGAUGUCUGAAGAUGAAUCAGAUAUUCAGAUCGGCCUUUCUGAUCAAGGUGUAACUGCCGUUCGACGCAUCUCCAUUCAUCGAGAUGGCAAGUUAAUUGCUACUAAACACUUAAUUUUAACUUUUAACAAAUCAACAUUGCCAUCUUUCAUUACUGCAGGAUAUCUGCGCUGUCCAGUCCGCCCGUACGUUCCAAAUCCGCUGCGUUGCUUUAAAUGCCAACAGUUUGGACAUUCACAGACAUCCUGCCGAGGCAAAAGCGUAUGCGCACAGUGUGGGACUGAAGACCACGUUAGUACUGAAUGUAAAAGUAUCCCAUGCUGUGUGAACUGUAGAGACGCCCAUCCUUCUUACUCUCGGAAAUGCCCUGCAUGGCACAGAGAAAAAGAGGUUCAACGUUUAAAAACCAUAAAUAAUAUAUUAUACACAGAGGCCCGUCGUAUGGUCACCCAAAGUUUACCAACAAAACAAAAAACCUUUGCUGCUGUGUUGAAAUCUACCAAGACAUGUGGGGUUCAAACAGAUAUUUCUGUCUCCCCAAAGGAAUCUCUUAGGCUAAGACUCCACUACCGUAAAAACGGCAUAAAAACCCCUCGCCGUAAAAGUUUUUAAUCACGUGACCUAUUUGCGUUUGCGCUCGGAUUAUAGUGGAGGUCCGGCUAGCGCGAAGUUUUUACGGCAAUGAUGCUGCCCCAAGUGUCGCACGUGAAUUGGUAGAAACGAAAGACAGUUGUAUAUGUGAUAUAUCGAUAUAAAGACAAUGAUUAUAUUCUACAAGU